AAAAACAUUCCAAUAAUUCUACUUCAAUUAAGUCUUCAAACAAAAAAAAAAGCUUUAGACAAAGGUAAUAAAUGCUCCAAGAUUAGUUGGAUCUGGCAGCACUUCAAGAAAACCAAAAUUAGAGACGUAGAUGGAGAAAAGAUCCCAAUAAUUGUUUGCCAAGAGAAAAAUGAUGAUAAUACUAAUUAUGAUACAUCAUAUGUCUAUACUAGUAGAUCAACAGGAAAUGCAAUUGUGCAUCUCCAAAAUAUGCAUGAAAUAACUAAACAAGGAAAAACUAAAGUUUGUAAUUAA